AUGGAGGGGGAUGGAAGUGUCUGGUGUUACAGUGUAGAGUGUAGAGUGUGGAAAUUGACAGUGGCACUGGACACUGGACACUGGACACUGGACACUGGACACUGGACACUGGACACUGGACACUGGACACUGGACACUGGACACUGGACACUGGACACUGGACACUGGACACUGGACACUGGACACUGGACACUGGACACUGGACACUGGACACUGGACACUGGACACUGGACACUGGACACUGGACACUGGACACUGGACACUGGACACUGGACACUGGACACUGGACACUGGACACUGGACACUGGACACUGGACACUGGACACUGGACACUGGACACUGGACACUGGACACUGGACACUGGACACUGGACACUGGACACUGGACACUGGACACUGGACACUGGACACUGGACACUGGACACUGGACACUGGACACUGGACACUGGACACUGGACACUGGACACUGGACACUGGACACUGGACACUGGACACUGGACACUGGACACUGGACACUGGACACUGGACACUGGACACUGGACACUGGACACUGGACACUGGACACUGGACACUGGACACUGGACACUAG